AUAAUCAUAAAUGAAACAGUAGAGAGACAGAUAAAGAAGCAAAAGACCAACCAUGAGGACAAAUUAAAAGAGAUUGAAGACGUCGAGUUUAGACAGAAGUGGGUUGGGUUUUUGGCCGAUGCCGAACAAAGCAAAAACUUUCAUCGUUAUAGUCCGGAGAAGAACGGUGUAACUCGUUUGGGUGCAAAGCUAUCACCCCAUCCCGAUGCAAAUAAAGAU